UGCAUCUCUCCACUGCAGAGAUUCGGCUAUGGAGGUUGGGUAAAGCUUCAACACCAUAGCAAGGGAGAAGCAAAGAUGGUAAAAGAUGGGAAAGUCUUCAGAGUUGUCCAAGAGAACUGCUGGGAUCCAGAAAUUCGUAUUAAAGAAAUGGAUCAGAAAGGAGUAACAGUACAAGCUCUAUCCACAGUUCCCAUCAUGUUUAGCUACUGGGCCAAACCUCAGGAUACUUUGGAACUGUGCCAGUUUUUAAACAACAACCUGGCUGCCACAGUUGUGUGCCAUCCCCAGAGGUUUGUGGGUCUGGGGACAUUGCCCAUGCAAGCUCCAGAGCUGGCCAUCAAGGAGAUGGAGCGCUGUGUAAAGGAGUUAGGCUUUCCAGGGGUCCAGAUUGGCUCCCAUAUCAACACAUGGGACCUCAAUGACAAGGAACUCUUCCAGUUCUAUGAAGCAGCUGAAAGGCUGAACUGUUCCCUGUUCGUGCAUCCCUGGGACAUGCAGAUGGAUGGACGAAUGGCCAAAUACUGGCUCCCUUGGCUUGUAGGAAUGCCUACAGAGACCACCACGGCUAUUUGUUCCAUGAUCUUGGGUGGGGUGUUUGAGAAGUUUCCUAAACUGAAAGUAUGUUUUGCACAUGGAGGUGGUGCCUUCCCUUUCACCGUGGGAAGAAUCUCCCAUGGAUUCAACAUGCGCCCAGAUCUAUGUGCCCGGGACAAUCCAACUGAUCCAAAGAAAUACCUCGGAUCCUUUUACACAGACUCAUUGGUUCAUGAUCCUCGAGCCCUCAAGUUAUUAAUGGAUGUCAUAGGAAAGGAUAAGGUCAUCCUGGGAACCGAUUACCCUUUUCCGCUAGGUGAGUUGGAACCUGGGAAGUUAAUAGAGUCCAUGGAAGAAUUUGAUGAAGAAACAAAGGAUAAACUCAAAGCCGGCAAUGCUCUGAUAUUUUUGGGUCUGGAAAGAAAACAAUUUGAAUGAAUUCACUACAAAAACAAUUUGACUGAAUUCAUGAUAAGAUUUCACUUUUCUUUUUAAAUAUGUAUCACACAUAAUACUAAAAUCCUAUUUGGAACUAUUUUGUUCAGAAAUAGAAUAUUCCCAAAUAUCCUAAAUUAUUCCUAACAGAGCCAGGGAUUUAGCUCAGUGGUACUCCCGCCUGCCUCAAAAGAACAAGAUCCUGAGUUUGAUCCCUGGUAAAAAAAAAUUAUUCCUAACAAAAAUGAUGCAUAAGUGUUUUCCUUCUGAAAAGCUGUACAUUAUUUCACAGACAAAUCAAAAAUUACUUUUCCAGUGUCUUUUUAAUUGACCUGGAAGAAAUAAAAAAAUAAAAUAUCAUUAAUGAUUUAUAUGGAGAAAAGCCAAAACACCAGGUUCAUUUUAGGGGCUCAAGUAGAUUCUCCAUUUUGGUCAUGUGAAUUGGGCCGAAAUAACCUGUUUUGUUCAUUUUUAACACCUUCCACUAGGCCAGAAUUUGGCUGGGAAUGCUUUAGCCACAAAAUGAAGAUGUACAUGUAUGUUUACAACCCAAUUAAGAAAGCAAUACACACAUUCAUAGAAUAAUUACUGAGCAUACAAGAACUUCAAAGAAGUUUCAAUAAGAAGAAUUCAUUUGGUCUCAAACAGUGGGACAGAUACUAGAAUUUGGGCUGAAUCUUAGAUAAGGCUUUGGGGGGGUAGAGGAUAAGAAAAAUAAAGGCAAAAUUAUAGGAACAUAGCUGUGAUUACAGAAUGGAUGAGACAUCCAUUCUGGAGAAGAGUUCCUUUCUAUAAUCUACUUUCAGCAUAAAUUUUUAAUUUAAAAUACUGAGCAGAAUGUAUAAAGCUAGUUUUGCAGAGUAAUCAGGCAAUACCAGGAUAGCCUUAUUCUACUAAUUUAAUUUAUCAUCUCAACUGGGAUGCUACAAAAGAACUUGGUACUGGGAGGGGUAAUGAACAUCUGCAAUUCACAUACCUCUGGCUGAAUCCCAAAAUCAAAUAUAAUUUUUCCAAAUAACCUUUUACUUUGGUUGGGUUCAUUCAUACUUCUUUUCCCUUCUAUUAGUCCAGAAAAUCAAAAGUUGAAUAUUAGCAUAUAAUUUGUACUAGUGCCUCAUCAGAGUAAAGAGAUCUAAUUCUUACUAAACUAUUUUUAUCCUAUUAUUUUCACUUUGUAUAGUUUAAUUACUGCAUCUUUCUUGCCCUUCCUGUUGCUUUGUAAGUUUUUUCCCCACCCAUCAGUUUAUGAUUCCAAUCUGCCUAAAUAAAUAAAUAAAUGUUGAAUAACACAACAAUA